UGCAGAGAGCCGGAGAGAGAGAGAGAGAGAGAGAGAGAGCUGAGAACAUCCGCUGGUGGAGCAGACAGACAGACAGACAGACACGCAGACAGACAGGCACACGGACUGCAGGAAGCGGAGCGGGGCGCAGGGACAUCUCUCCAGAACACAGCGCUGAAAUGGGAGUCGAGAUCGAGACUAUCACCCCGGGAGACGGAAGGACUUUCCCCAAAAAAGGACAGACGUGCGUGGUGCAUUAUGUCGGCUCCCUGACGGACGGGCGCAAGUUUGACUCGUCCCGCGACAGGGACAAGCCUUUCAGGUUCAAGAUCGGCAAGCAGGAAGUGAUCCGCGGCUGGGAAGAGGGUGUAGUGCAGAUGAGUGUUGGUCAAAGGGCUCAGCUGACCUGCACACCUGACUUUGCUUACGGAAACAAAGGCCACCCGGGCAUCAUUCCUCCCAACGCCACCCUCAUCUUUGACGUCGAGCUGCUGGGUUUGGAAUGAAACAAAUUCACAGCCUGGUUUUUUUUCUUUUUCUUUUUUUUCUGUGUGGCUUCCUACCUGGGUAACCCGGAGAGAAGCCAGGAAAGUCUGCACUUCAUCCAAUACGAGGCUUGAGUCUACAGUUCCACUACUUAUGUCAUUCAAACUACGGACAGUUUGUGUUAUUUUGCCUCUGUGACUGAGUGAAUUCUAUUUUCCACCAUAUCUAUCUUCCCCAAGAAUCAAGAACCAUGGGCCUUGACCUCACGAACCUCCACGUCUUGAAUUCUUUCGCAUUUUUGCGCUUUCAUUUUCUCUGUUUUUAAUCCAAGUGUUGAGUUGUGCAUGGUUGACGCGGAGAAGUACAAAAUACCAAUGAAACCUCUAGCGGCGACAUUCAUCUCUCGCGAGGCAACGCUUUGUCGUACUACAGGAACGGGAAAAAAAAAAAGAAGUGUACAAAUAUAUAAAACGAAAAAGCACACAUUUGUAUCCCUAUCCGGCUGAAAAUCAGAGUGGAGCGAGUUUCUGUAAGAGGGAGACGGGGCUUAGCGUUGAGUUUAGUGGCCGUCUGUAGUGGAGUGGCAAGUCGUGGGAGGGAAUGCAACGCAGGAACUGAGUUUUGCUACAUGAAGCGGCCGUUUGAGGUGGGAGCUAGACAGGAGCACAAAGAGCGAACCAAUCGCGGUUGUAGAUAGUUCUGUGUGCCUACAUCUUCAGACACACGGUUACUACCUCGCCCUGUCUGCAUGUUCAAGGCCCGACCGGAAAGAAAUCCCAAUUAGUACGUUACACGUCCAAAGCUUUGCAUCUGAUUUGCAUUGUUAUCGCCUUCUUAUCUCGCCUUGUCUUUAAACCCCAUUUAAAGCCAUACACCAAUCGAACCGUGCAGAAUAGGAUUUGCGUUGACGCACGUCAAUUGGAUGAUUUUUUUUUUCUUAGUAAAAAAAAUAAAUAAAUACAAAAUAAAUGGGAAAUACUUGAAAUUGACAAAAAGGGGGUUGAGGAAUCAAAUUGUGACCGCCCCCGUUAUUUUGUGCAACAACUUCAAUCAUGUAUUUAUCAGAUGCCAAGAUUUCUAUCUCUGAGAAUCAACGAAGCUAAUGUAGAACAUAUGAUGUUAGACAUUGUUUGUCAAAUUGUUUUUUUUCUUCUUUUUUUUUGGAUCCCCAGUGUCAGUGAAGUACCACACUGCCUAACUGCAAAGUCAGUGUUGUGGUAGACAAAGAAGCUGACUCUUGGGCAUCGUAGUGGUUUUGUAUCUCAAAUAGUUUUAAAUGGAGUUUAAUGAAGGACGAUGCUGGCCUAGCUGUCAGCUGUUGACGUGGCCGUGAUGUUACAUAUUGGCCACGCUGCAAGUGGUGCGGCAGCAGUCCACGCUCUGUACUGUGUAGUUAUUUGCUGAUACGUUACUGUAUGCAGACUAAACCAAUGAUGACAUUUAAAAUAAAAUAAGUGCUCUCCACUUA